CCGCAAUCCCAUCACGACAUUUUCCUGUACAAGAAAUAUCCAGACAGAAUCGAGCAGGUUGUUUUCUGUAGCGAAAAAACCGCAAAAAACGUCUUAUUUGACAACCGACCAUUUAAAAAUAGCCGUCGUAAGUUCAGCUCUUCGAUAACAACGUUUAAAUUUAGCGAACGAUUGCUGCGCGUGUACGCAAAUUUCACGCAUUCAUUUCAGCGGAGAGACCUGAAAAGCCUUAGAAAUAUGAAGUAUGUUUUGUUAUCAAACGGUAGUGAAAUGCCUAUUGUAGGUCUGGGAACGUGGAAAACUCAACCGCAGGAAAUCGAGGAUGCUGUUCAAUUAGCGUUAGAAAACGGCUACAGGCAUAUAGAUACAGCUUACAAUUAUAAUACGGAAGAAGCAGUCGGUAAUGUCGUAAAUAGGUGGAUAAAAGAUGAAAAAUUAAAACGAGAAGAUAUUUUUAUAACUACUAAAUUACCUGUAUUCGGCAAUCGAGCCAAUGACGUAGAAAAAUAUUUGAAAUUAUCCCUGCAGCGCUUGAAUUUAAAUUACGUAGAUUUGUAUUUGAUCCACAUGCCGUUCAGCUUUCACAGCAACGAUGAAUUGAACGGGCCCCUUUGUAGCGGAGACGGAAAGCCCAGUUUGGACAUAAACGAUAUUACCGAGACUUGGAAGGCAAUGGAAAAACAAGUAGAGAACGGAUUAACGAAAGGAAUAGGCCUGUCCAAUUUUAACAUAGAUCAAAUUAGGCGAAUACACAGUUCCUCUAAAAUAAAACCCGCCGUUUUACAGGUGGAAUUGCACGCUUAUUUACAGCAAAAGGAGCUCAGGAAGGCCUGCAAUGAUCUGGAAAUAGCCGUGACAGCCUACGCUCCCCUGGGAAGCCCCGGAGCUAAGUCACACUUUAUUGAAAAAUAUAAUUAUGCAGUUCAAGAUUUUCCCGAUAUCCUGGGCCACCCGGUAGUUGACAAAUUGGCGGAAAAGUACCAGAAAAACCCCGGGCAAAUUCUCCUCAGACAUCUCGUUCAACAAGACGUUUUGGUCAUACCGAAGAGCAAAAAUCCCGAAAGGAUUAGAGCGAACAUACAGCUAUUCGAUUUCGAAUUGUCCAAUGAAGACAUGGAGCUCCUGAAUGAACUAGACCAAGGAGAAAAAGGACGUAUAUUUAAUUUUUUGUUUUUUUCAGGCGUCGAGAAACAUCCUGAGUACCCGUUCAACGGACUUUCAUCUUAGUUUUGUACCCAAUAUUCUUUCCUCCUAUUUAUUUAGUUUUAUUUCCUUGUUACAUCUUAAUUUGAAGUAUUUUUCGAAGUCUAAACUGUUGAACACAACGUUUUGUCAAAUAGGUUUAUAUUGCAAUCUGUGAUUCAGAACAAUAUCGGUAAUUAUACGUACAUACCCUAUGGUGUAUUUCAAUUUGCAAUUGGGUUUAAUCACACCCAUAGCUGAGUAACCUAUAAUUGUAUAUUGCAAACUAAAAUGAAUCAACCUGUAUGUAUGUACCAGUAUGUUUAUAGUUACUAGAGGAAUAAAUUAAUUUUUUUAA